GAGGAGACGGAUGGUCGCGCAGAGUCCAGCAGCAGCAGCAGAGAGCGGCGUUGUGUGAUGAGGUCGUAGUGUGCGCCGGGCAGAGCUUCAGGAUGGACAUCCUGGUGGCCAAACUGCUCGGCCUGCUGGGGUUGUUUGGCCUCAUGCUGGCUGGCGUACUGGUCCCGGUGCGCCUCCUGCUGGUCGACUAUGACAAGGCACACAGAUACAGGAGGGCUCUGUCUCUCUGUAACUCGUUUGGAGGAGGCGUUUUCCUGGCAACAUGUUUCAAUGCUCUGCUGCCUGCAGUCAGAGACAAGGUGGCCGACGUGUUCCAGCAGCUGAAGAUCAGCAGCGACUAUCCUCUGGCCGAGACCAUGAUGAUGCUCGGCUUCUUCCUCACCGUCUUCGUGGAGCAGACCGUCCUCACCUUCAGGAAGGAGAAACCGUCCUUCAUCGACCUGGAGACCUUCAACGCCGGCGGGUCAGAGGCCGGCAGCGACUCCGAGUACGACACGCCCUUCAUCUCCUCCGCGCGGGGCUCGGCGGGCGGCGGCGGCCGGCACUCCCACGGACACCAGCACGCCCAUUUCAGUCCCGCCGAGUUGGCGGGGGCGGGGCCUCUGCGACUGGCCAGCCUGGUCCUCGCCCUGUCGGCUCACUCCGUCUUCGAGGGUCUGGCGCUCGGCCUGCAGGAGGACGGCGGCAAGUUGGGUAGCCUCUUCCUGGGCGUGGCCGUGCACGAGACGCUGGCCGCCGUGGCGCUCGGGGUGAGUGUGGCCAAGGCGUCGCUCGGCAUGAAGGAUGCCACUAAGCUGGGCGUCACGGUCAGCCUGAUGAUCCCGCUGGGGAUGGUGGUGGGGAUGGGCAUCGAGUCGGCUCAGACGCUGGCGGGCGCCGUGGUGUCGGUGGUGCUGCAGGGACUCGCUGCCGGCACCUUCCUCUUCGUCACCUUCUUUGAGAUUCUGUCCCGAGAGCUGGACGACAAACAGGACCGGCUGCUCAAAGUGCUCUUCCUCAUCCUCGGCUAUGCGACGCUCGCCGCACUCGUCUUCAUCAAGUGGUGACACACAGGAAGUGCACGGACACAGUCUCACCUGGCUGCAGCGAUGCACAGGUGAGCUCCAGGACACCUGAUGAUGGAGUUCAAUGAACUGAAGUAAUCAUUUAAGGCGGGGGCAGAGUGUUACUAAACAAACAAACAGAAGUUUAUUCAUUGAAUUUAAUAUUAAUCUGAAUAAUUUAACUCAGAGAACAGAUGAGUCUGUCUGGUCCUCUUAGAUUGAACUGAGAUUCAUUAUUCUGCUCAGUGAAGGAAGAGGACUCACAUUUCUGACUCAUCAUUGACACGAAUGAGUUGUCUCUCAUUUCCUCCAGACUUCCUGUUUACACGUUACUUUCCACCACUGCCAAAGUCGAAUACAAAGAGUCUUUAUUGAAGCUUUUCAGCUGGGUGUUAAGUUCUUGAAUGAAAUACCUCUUCUCAUGAUAAACCUGCUGUGAUACAUGAAGCUGUAACUCCCCAAAGAGAACCACUGGAGCCCUUUAAAAACAACCAGUAAAUAUCCAUGUGCAUCUUUAUCAAGCUCCAUUUUUUGACAUUUUUGUUGUUGUAUGUGUUCAUAUUGUGAUCUUGAACAGUUUUGUAUUUAUAAAGGUUUGUGUCAUUUCAUCAUUCUCAUAUUUAUCUCGUGUUAAUUGAAAUUAAACAGA